CGGCGGGUGCUGCGCUUGCUCGCCAUUGUGGCCUGGUUGAUACUAUGGUGUUGCUGGUCCGUUACGCUAUGUGCUUUAUUGGAAGAUCCGGUGAUGAUGAUGCGCGGUGAUGCGACGAGGAUGGUCGUUGGAUUCUGGCGCUAGCUUGACUCGCGUCGAUCAUGGAGCUUCAAGUUGCCGACUCGGGUGGCUCGGACAGCUCCCAAUGCUUGAAAUGGAAAUAUCUAUCACAGCUGCAGGUAGAACAUCCUUACAAUAAGUACCCUGAUACCGCGAAUUCAAACACUGCACAUACUGCAAUCAUGCGUAUAUGUUCCUACAAGCGGAAUAAAACAUACUCUAUAGACCACUUCGUAGACGGAUAUAGAGCUUAUACUCACAACAAGACAAGUAGCUCACAAAAGCAUACAAAGCAACAAUAUUUACUCCAUACGACCGCAGCACACCCCUCUAACCGCGCAUAGCAACAGUCUAGAAACACACUCCAGCAUACCGCAGCUGCACAAGCAGAAAACCCAAUCAUUUACGAGAAGUAAUGUCAAAAACCCAGAGGAGUGAUUUCCCAUAGCACACCCCAACCCACCAAAACACAUAUUA